AUGGGCAGCUAUGUGGAUCUCGUAGAACUUCAACACUGGCAAACUGUUGCAUUUGUUGAAGCCGCAUCCACAGCAGCCUUGCUUUUCGACUUCUGCAUUACUUUCGACUCAGAGGUUCGUUUGACAUGGGGGAGAAAGUGGGGGAUCACGAGGAUAGCCUUCGUUAUUUCUCGCUAUAUUCCAAUUGGAACUGUUGCUAUGUACUUAUAUUAUGGCGUCGGGUCGACUCACGGGGAAACUCCAAAUCCUGGGACAUACAUUGUCGUAAUUGGCACCAUGAAUGUUUUGGGCGUUGCUGCUGCUGACGGCAUGCUCGCAGCAAGGGCGCACGCCUUUUGUGGGCGUGAAAAGAGCAUAUUGAUUGCGAUAUCAUUCUUCAGCAUAGUCAUGGUUUCAGCCGCACUAACAAUUCUGUACGUCGCUGCAAGUAAAUGCGGAAAAUCUACGUGUGACGCAUCGGAGGCCAAACAAUUCUUAGGCAUCCUCUAUAUUUUACCCAUGACCUAUCAGCUUGUAUCGAUGGCCUUGACAGUGUACAAACGUUUCAAAUUUUACCGACAGGAAAAUACCCCACUGGUUUCUACUGUAUAUCGGGAUGGCAUGAUUUACAUGCUAUGCAUUGCCCUGGCCUCUAUAGUGAAUUGUGUGGGCGUUAUGAAGCUUCCUCCACCAUAUUCCAAUAUUUUCUAUAGCCCGCAGGUAGUCGUGUACAGUGUUUUUGCCUCACGCAUAAUGUUUAACCUGCGAGCAACAUACGAAUCGCAGGAUAUCACUAUAACCGGGCCAGUCACCUCGAGUGUGGUCAUUGCUCGACCGAUCCAAACAUCUUCAGGUGUGGAUGGUCUAGAGCUGUUGGAUAUUAGAAACGUUUGA